CAAUCUAUACUUGUAUAACUCAUCAGUUUUCUUUCGAAUGUGCUUGAUUGAGCCGAGGGCAAAUAUUUUUUUUUAUUUCAAAUCGAUAAAAUUAUGAAAUAUACAAACAAUUAGGUGAUAAUAGCCAAAACCGAAUACAAAUUAGCAACUUAGAAACACUUUUACUCUCGAUAACAGUGUGGGAUAAAUAUAAAUGACAACCCAAAUCCCAAUGGAUUCUUCUCCGAGAUGAUUGUCACCCAGAGUAUUUUUAAUUAGGAGGUUUAUACUCGAAGAUGAGAUUUGCAAAGAUUUUCUUCACCACAGGGAAAAAGAGUAUAUGAUUCAAUCCAACCCAAUAUACAUGUACUUCUUAGCUGCUUGCCUGACAUCCCAAUUAGUUACAAAAACAUCCUUUACCCUCACCUUUCAUUUUGGUUUAAAUAUCCUAAUUAUCUCAAUUAUAUAUGUGUAACUAUAUACAAUUAUAUAUUCAAAUUGAUAUUUCAGAUUGGCUACAUUCUUGUGAUACAUGCAUUCCAUCAUAAUCCCGAAAUGUUCAAGUCGGGUUUUCAACCAGUGUGUGUCCUAUAUCAAGGUAAUCAGUCUCCCUUUGAUGGAAGCUGCCAGUUGGUUUGCCGACAUCAGAUUCAACAAGAAGACAUUAACACAGGAGACACAGUUACGGUGAUAGAUUUAGGUGGCUCUAACGGAAGUGGGACGGCUGGUGCCAAGAAUGAAGGACCUCCCAUCAGACAAGGCAUUGUCAUGGGUCAGGAGAUGGUCUCUAGUCUGAUUGCAGCUCAAUUCAAAACCAAACUGCCAGAAGAAACGAGUCCAUUUCAGAACAAAAGGAGAAAGAUGUCUGACGAGCAAGAUAACUCGAAAGAUGAGAAAGACAAACUAGAGAUGAGCCUGCUUCGAAGUGUCAAUUCAACUGUGCAUGCGCUAAGUAAUGAGGUCGCAAGGCAGUCCAAGGAGCUUGCUCACAUAAAGCAACGACAAAUCCAGAUGAUGAAUCUCCUUGAUGGGGUGUUCAGGAAACGAGAAGUCACAUACAUGGGAGAGUCAUCUUCAACAUCGUCUGUAGUUCAUGUCCAAAAUCGGGAGGAGGAGUCAACAGAAUCAGGGCCAGUCAUAUCAUCUGUUCGGUCCACUGCUGCAGGAACUGGUGGCAAAGUGAUGAACAUUAAAUCUGAGAUCCAUGCAAGAAGUUCACCUGUACCUUCACAAGGUAGUGAGUCAUUUGAGGAGGGUUUGUACUCGGUGGUCAAACUGUCCCCAGAACAGGAGCAAGGAUGGGAGGAAGACCCGGGUGCACCUUCAACAGCUGGAGACAAACCCCGGUAUCUUGAAGGGACAGUUUUAGACAACAAAGGGCAGUAUAUUGAGAAGAUAACAGCAGAAGACAAGAACAAUCAAUUUGAACAGUCAGUCCUAGACAACAAGAAGCAGUAUCUUGACCAGAUAUUUAAAAACUGGCGACGUGGUGAUAAUGUCGAGAUCGGAAACUACAGUCUUAAGGUGAUGAUGCCCGUUACUGAGCUUGAAGAUAUUCUGUACAAGACGAACAAUGCUACCAGCUUCGCUUAUCGCUUGGCCGGGAAGUGCUUCACAUCAAGGGAGAUGUUGGAGGGCAACACAAGAGGUGGAGGAUUCCGCAUGGAUGGAGAGGUCUUCAAGCAACUGAAUCCGGACGUUGUGGAGAUGAUCGGAGGAGAGGUGAAGAAACGCUUUCCAUUCAGUGAUGAAGCUUUGCUUUCUCGUAUUGUAAGGAAUGCCAUCAAUGAGAGGGCACGUAAUGAAAGGAAGAAAAAAGCUAGAUUCAACGCACACAAGUUUGAAGAGGAGAGCUCACCACAAAUAAUCACUGACUCAGAUACUUUUGAAUAAUGUUUCAGUUAAAGGAGACAUCAGGUUGAAUUCUUCUAAAUUACAGCAAGAAACUAUAUGUACAAAUUGUAUGUAACUGAGUCAAUCAUUAACUGAGUACUGCAAUAUUUGCAGAGAUGCCAACCCUCUCAAAUCUAUUGUAAGGUUUCGGAAAAGUAGCCCCACCUCUCUUGCUUACCAUCACCAGCUGAAUCAUCAUGAAAUAUGUUAAAUCUUUUAUUAUUUUUUAAAAACAUGCAUGAGAUGCAUAUUUUAGAUUUUUUAAUGACAUUUUUAUGUUAAAAUAGUGAUUUUUAAAAUAUUUCUUAAACAUGUCAACUGAUGCAAAAUAAUUUUCAAAGGUUGGCAUUUCUGUCUUUGAAUAGCAAAUUAGUGGCGGCAAUUUUAGACCAUUCAAGCUAAAAACUAAAGUCCAGAUUACAGGUCAAAGUAUUUCAGUCAUAUUGAGUCUUAUUAUUAUGUAUCAUUUGAAAUCUUUCUACUUUCCAGACUGUUAAUCAUGGACCAUUACAAAAGUGAAUAUAUUUAUUGUCAGUUCAUUCUAGAAUUAACAAAAAUAUUCAUAAUGCAGCACUGAUAACAUGAAGCUCCAAAUCCAAGUUUAUUCCUACUGAUGCUUGAAGCUUAAUACAACUCAGAUACAAUGUAUUUCUCUUAGGUAACAAAAUAGGUUUCAAAGAUCUUCUAACAAUUUAUGAAAUAUUCUUUUUGACUUGCUAAGCUCCAUCUCUGAAAAAAGAGCUCCUGGUGCCUGCUGCAUAAAAUCAAAACUCUGGCAAUUUUUUUUAAGAUUCAGUGUGAUUUUCUUUGUUUACUAAGGAGAUUAUGCAAAUUUCUUGUAGAAAAAAUUAUGGUAUGGAUGGAUUUCCAUAGAGUUAGGUUUGAUUGGAUCAAUCGUAACUCUUUGUAAGAAGGGGCCCAGGUCUGCCUCAGUAGACAUGUGGAUACUCACAAAGCAAAAAUCCAUUCAAAGUCAAGUUCAUUUAUCCAACAACAAAUUACAAGAGUUUUCUCAUCAGAUAUGUUGUUGUUGUUGUUGUUUUAGCUUAUACGGCGCGUAUCAUUCAUUAGUGAAUAUUUGUGCCAUAUAUAUAUAUGUUUGUUCUAUAGCCUGUCCUCCAGACUUAUGGAUUAUUCAACUCUGCCACAGCAUCAGAUAGACUCAGUAUCCUACGCUAUAUUUUCAUAUGUAACUUCAAUGUUUUUUAUCCAACUGUUCUUUAUGAUUUGUUUUUAUUUAUGGAGAAGGGAAGAUUUGCAGAUACUACACAAUAAGCACAGUCAAUUUGCAAGUUGUGCCUCUUUCUAUGAUAUCCCUUUAUUAGAUGAAAGUGAUGAGAAACUCAUUUUUUUCUUUACUUACAUGUAUCAUUUUUUUAUCAGAAUCAAUAUGCCAGACGAAUCAUUUUCUUUGCUCUAAAAAUAGUAAAAAUAAAAAAUACACUCAUAAACUAAA